GAACCUAAGGAGGAGGUGUCGAGUUUGUGCGACUCCUUUCUUUGCUUACAUACAUACACACACAAACGUUAAUGUAGAACUUUGCGGGAUUUUUAUUUGAUCAGUAUGACCGAGAGCUCCGCAAACAAGACGGUGAAUGGGGAAGUUUGUCAUCGCGCUACAAACGGCAUAAAACCGGGGAGGAAUGGCUUGGUGAAGAAUCAUUACCUCUAUCAGCAGCAGCAAAAGUACUGCCAUCCCGACGAGAAGGUCUACCAUGUCGCCUGCAAUGGAGGAUUGUACAGCAGACCCUUCAAUGAAUCAUUUGAGGAGACUCCCAUGCUGGUUGCUGUCCUCACGUACAUGGGUUAUGGCAUCCUUACAAUCUUUGGAUACCUCAGGGACUUCUUGAGGGACUGGAAAAUCGAAAAGUGCCAUAUUGCCAGAGAAAGAGAGGAACAAAGGGAUUUUGUGCCACUUUAUCAGGAUUUUGAAAACUUUUACACAAGGAAUUUAUACAUGCGAAUUCGGGACAGCUGGAACCGACCCAUAUGCAGUGUUCCGGGGGCCAAGGUGGACCUGGUGGAGCGAGUGUCCCGUGACUACAACUGGACUUUUGACUACACAGGGAAAGUGGUGAAAGAUGUCAUCAAUAUGGGCUCCUACAACUACCUGGGCUUUGCUGAGAACACCGGGGUGUGUGCUGAUGCUGCAGCCGAGGUGACCACAAAGUACGGAGUCGGCGUGGGCAGCACUAGGCAAGAGAUGGGGAAUUUGGACAGGCAUGAAGAACUGGAGAAGUUGGUAGCAAAAUUCCUGGGAGUGGAAUCCGCCAUGGCCUUUGGCAUGGGUUUCGCAACCAACUCCAUGAACAUUCCAGCUCUCACUGGCAAGGGCUGUCUGAUCUUGAGUGAUGAGCUGAACCACGCCUCUCUGGUCCUGGGAGCCAGACUUUCAGGGUCCACCAUCCGUGUUUUCAAGCACAACAAUAUGCAGAGUUUGGAGAAGCUCCUGAGAGAUGCUAUCGUUCACGGGCAGCCGCGCACUCACCGGCCCUGGAAGAAGAUCCUCAUCCUGGUAGAGGGCAUCUACAGCAUGGAGGGCUCCAUUGUUCGGCUUCCUGAAGUCAUUGCUCUGAAGAAGAAGUACAAAGCCUACCUGUACCUGGACGAGGCGCACAGCAUCGGAGCGCUGGGUCCCAAUGGGAGAGGGGUGGUGGACUACUUCGGGCUGGACUCCAGGGAUGUGGACAUUAUGAUGGGGACCUUUACCAAGAGCUUUGGGGCAGCGGGAGGAUACAUUGGAGGGAAGAAGGAGCUCAUAGAUUAUCUCCGCACACAUUCUCACAGUGCUGUCUAUGCCACGUCCAUGUCACCCCCUGUGGUGGAACAAAUCAUCACUUCUAUGAAGUGCAUUAUGGGAGAGGAUGGAACCACUAUUGGUCGUGAUCGAGUCCAGCAGCUGGCAGAAAACACAACAUACUUCCGCAGAAAACUCCAAGAGAUGGGCUUCAUCAUCUACGGGAACGACGACUCCCCUGUGGUGCCUAUGAUGCUGUAUAUGCCUGCCAAAAUCGGUGCAUUUGGGCGGGAGAUGCUGAAGAGAAACAUUGGUGUGGUGGUGGUCGGGUUCCCCGCCACGCCGAUCAUCGAAUCCAGAGCUCGAUUCUGCAUCUCAGCAGCACAUACCAAAGAGAUGCUGGACAUGGCAUUAAGCGUGAUCAGCGAGGUGGGUGACUUAUUGCAGCUGAAGUAUUCCCGACACAGAAUACUUCCCUCGCUGGACCGGCCCUUUGAUGAGACCACAUACGAAGAGAGCGAAGAUUGAAUGUCUUCCACACCAACCAAAUGUGCACUGCUCGUCUGAAGCACUCAGUGAAAAGUCACAGAACCACUUAAUAUAUAAGCCCCUUUCAUCCUCCUUAUUUUAACACAUGGAGCUCCUGAUGGCACAGAAGUGUCCAGGCAGAAAAACGGUUUUAACUUUUUUGAUUUUCGUCUGAGGCGUAGUGUUGGGUUUUGUUCUUAACUUAUUGUGGCGUUCAGGUUUUUUUUUUUUGGAAAAUUUCUUCAGCUGACAUCUGGUCAGUCUGUUUGAAUGCUAUUCUGUUAAUACCAUAUCUUAUUUGAUGACGCAAACUCUUUUGUGCAAUAUGAACAUUUUGGAACCUCCUCGGCUGAGAUUUAUGAAAAAAAAAAAAAAAAUCAGAAAAGGCAAAAAUGACUGCAAAACUAUUUUUAUAAUUGAAACAAACUUGAAACACAUCCAUGUUGAAAUUACUAUUAGCUGAGGUCCCCCUCGAUCAAAAAAAUAGAUUAAGGUUUUUCUUUCUCCAAAUGAAUGCAAAUGUGCUUGUAUGUUAUAUCAGAUAUCAGAUUGCCAGUAGUUUUAGCUUUGGGGUUUGUUUUUGUUAUAGUUGUGUUUUAUAUGCACUUCUGACUUUCUGCCAGGACCAUUGUCUUACUUGAACCAAGGCAUUAUCUUCCUUGCUUUACCAAAGUAUUCAUUUUACCUAGGGUUACUUUACAUAGGGUAAUGUCAAGGCAAUAGACUUCUCUGUGAACCUUGUGAACAGCCAUACGCAAGUGUCAGAAUAGCUUUCCAAAUGAUUCCAGUUACAUCUUUUUGAAAAUUGCUAAGAUCUUGUCCUGUGAUCUGUUUUCUUUGAAAAGGUGGUAUAAAGUAUAUUUCUGUAGGGGACAGAUAAGUUCAAAGUGCAAUCCUUGCGAUUAACUCUUAAGCUUCCUCUUCUGUCAGGAAGAGUUUUCUUCUGUGUCUUAAUUUUUAUA